AAAAAUAUUUCUUUUUUAAUGGAAUCCUGUAAGGAAUCCUUUACCAAAUAUUUCAAAUAUUUUAUAACUGGUGUUGUUUUUGUUGGUUCAUUUCAAUGUAAUUUAUUAUAUCUUGCAAAUUAUCCAGAAGGUUCAAGACAAUAUGUUCCAAAACCAUCGGAACAUUGUCUACCAUUCAAAGAGGAAAUACUGACUACAUCCGAUAGUGUUAAAAUUCGAUUAUAUGUCAUACAGCAAGAAAACAACGCAAGUAAAAGACCAACGAUAUUAUAUUGUCACGGAAAUGCAGGGAAUAUGGGGCAUUGUUUGCCAGUUGCGGAGCGAUUGUAUAAUCAACUCAGAUGUAAUAUAGUUAUGCUUUCAUAUAGAGGAUAUGGCUUUAGUGAAGGUUCUCCCUCAGAGAAAGGACUUAAAAUAGACGCUCAAACUGCGUUAGACUAUAUUAAAGGACAUGAAGUAUUUCAACACACAAAAGUAAUAGUGUAUGGUCAGUCUCUCGGAGGCGCGGUAUCGAUUGAUUUAGUAUCGAAAAAUGAAGAUAAAGUUUCAGGUCUUAUAGUUGAAAAUACUUUUCUUAGCAUUCCAAAAUUAGUACCUCAUGUCAUUCCACCACUUCGUUAUUUUACAUUUUUUUGUACACAAAAAUGGGAAUCAGAAAAAGCCAUUCAGAAUUUAAAACAUAUUCCAAUAUUGUUUCUUUUUGGUGAAUGUGAUGAACUUAUUCCAAAAGAACAUUGUAAUCGAUUAUAUGAAUUAGCUAAUACUGAAGGUGGGAAAGAUAUACAAUCAUUUGAAUUUGGAACACAUGCGGACACUGUUGCACAGCCGGAUUAUUUCGAUUCAAUCGGUAGAUUUUUAUCAAAAAAAAUAAUUUCGUAGGAUCAUGUUAAUGUGUUAAAGAUACCAUUAAGUUAUUAUUAUCAUUUUUAUUUUAUUUAGUUUAUUUUAUUUUUUUGUAUAUAAUUAAUUAUAUACAUUCCGUUAAUAACUUGAUAAUGCUAUUAUAGAUAAUUUU